AUGAGACUACUUUUCCUCGUGCUCCCCUUUUUGGCGUUGUCUAUUGAACAACCCAAAUUAAAUCAAGCGGUUGUAGUUAAUUUAAGUAGAUAUUGGUUAAAUUAUAGACACAGCUCAAGUGCUAUGUUGGUAUACAACACACUGAAAAGACUGGGAUAUUCGGACGACCAACUGUUGUUCUUUAUGGCGGACGACCACGCGUGUCAUCCACGAAAUAUAUACCCUGGAGAACUUCGCCAAGACACAAACAUGCCGAAUGUCUACACGGACGUGAUCAUUGAUUACAAAGGUCGUGAUGUGUCGAUCGACAAGUUCAUGCGCGGGAUGUUGGGACGUGACCGUGUUGGGACACCUGAUGCCUUACGUGUGAUGAAAGGUCAACGGAUGUUUGUGUACCUGAUUGGACACGGCGGAGAGGGUUUCAUGAAGUUUCAAAAUCGUGAUGAGAUCACGUCAUGGGAUAUCGCUUACUUAUUCAAAGAAAUGGAAAUCAUGAAUCGGUAUAAGGAAAUGCUUUUUGUCGUCGACACGUGUCAAGCUUCAAGUCUUAGUGAUCGUAUCACAGCAAAGAACGUUAUUACCGUUGGAAGUUCUAUAACAGGCUUAAGUAGUUAUUCGGGUCGAAUUUCAAGUGAAAUAGGAGCAAUCACUUCAGACUUGUGGGAUGAAAAUCAAGACAUUUUGUUCACUGAAAGACUUGACAAAGACUCAAAUAUGACGGUGAGAGAUUACUUGAAGUAUUUCACUUAUCCAAUGCUUAAGACACAACACGGAUGGCGUGAAGAUUUAUUUAAUCGACCUAUGGAGGACGUCAAAAUGAUCGAUUUCUUGGGAUAUGUACCAAAGAAGGUAACUAUUGAUUUGAAAAGUAUCCCAUGGGAUAGCAACAUAUUUUAA